AUGUCGGCAAACGCAAGUCUAGAGGAGCUCGAGACGCGGCUCGUGGCUUUUACCGAGCAGCUUCAAAACAUUCAUGAGCUGCUUCAAAGUGAUCCGGUCAACACUGAAUUUUUGGGCAUUGCCAAGGACCUCGUAGAGGUUAUCCAGCUUACGAAAGAGACGAUUGAUUUUAAAGUGAAUGCUACAUCUUUCAACCACGUUUCAGCACCACAGGAGACCCUGAAACGUUGUCAAGAGCCACAAGCACUUGGUGACUUAGAGAUCAAGUUUGCACCUGGAUCAUCAGUUGAAGCACUGCAGCAAGGCGUUUGGUAUCCAGCUCAUGUGGAUUCAGUAACAGAUGACGGAAGUUACAAUGUCACGUUCCUGGGCUUUGGCACAAUAGCGGAGCUCCAACAGGAUGCUGUGAGAGCUAUUGACGUCGAUGCAGAGCAAGCUGCAGAGUUGCCAGCUAAGGAAAAGAUUACAGAGGGGUUUGAGUGCCGAGCCAAGUACUAUGCCGAUGCGGUGGUGUACUCGUGCUUGGUUACGAAGGUCACGGCGCUGGGGUUUCAGGUGUUGUUUGACGGCUAUGGCAACUCGGAGGAGGUACCUUACGAGUAUUUGAGUGCUGCGUUAAAGUCAUCAGAUGCGGAGGUAGGGACUGCUAUUGGUCAGGUGAACUCUGCUGACGCAGUCGAUGGUGAUGGUACGCAUGUUGCUGUUGCUGCUACAGAGCAGAAGGUGGCACCUGCGGUGAUUCACAAACCCAUUAAAAUCCCUGAAAAUCUGCAAAUUUUGCCCUCAGACACAGAGGCUGAAAAGGAACGCAAGCGUAAACGCUUGCGCGCUAUCAAGAGUUUGAACCGACACAAAAAUAUUGACAAUGAGCGCAAUAUUAAGCAGCACGACUGGAAGGCUUUUCAAUACAAGGCCAAGAAAAAAGGUAUCAAGAAAGGUGUGAGCGGAGUGUUAUCGAAACGAGGCUCGAGCAUGUUUGCAUCGCCUGAAACGGUCCAUGGCCGCGUAGGUGUCGUAGGAAGCGACCAGGGUAUGACGAACUUCUCAGAUACACGGAACAAGAAGCUUAGACACGCGUAG